CCUAUUUGUUCCGCUAUGAUUUCAGACCAGUAACGUCAGAUAGUCAUCGAUGGGAAUUUAGGUUGAUUGCGCCUUUUGGGACACCAUUCUUCUUUUUGAAUCUACCAAGAACCCAUGAACAACUUGUUGUGACUUACUCAUCUUAGCCCGGCACCCUACGAGCAUCCAGUUUCUUCUUCCUGGCACCGAAAUACUAUCCAAGACCCGUCCAAACCGAUUACAGUUGCACUGUACAAAAUUACGUUUCUCAACCGUUCCAUUCGUCCCACAUACCUGCGGGUUUGCUUUAUUUGCGUACCUUUUCUUUUGCGCCUAGUCUUCUGUCAAACGGUGCCGUAAACCAACAUGCCACGACUUCAGUUUACUCCAUGGAAAGAGCUGUCUGAACUAUUAUCCAUCCGCAGCAAAUUUUACCCCUCGAUGACCACAGAUGGGGAACCUGCAGAUAUGCGUGCAAGAGCAUGCUCUACAGUCUGGGUUUGGAAAUUGCGCGGGAACCUGCCGCAUGCAGUAGAGGCGACCGCAUUAUUAACUGAUGCUAUACUACAUGAUGAUGAUGCAAGAAAGCAUUCUAUCUUUUCCAUUCGAGCAACUUACUCGGCAGCUUUUUGCAGAUUUGUAACCGGACUAGUUGACUCGAAGUUGUACGGGAGGAAACAGACUAUGUUCCAAAGGGCAAUGGAACUCGGCCUACCAGCUUCAUUUGUGGAACUGCGCCACGAGGCAACACAUAGGGAGUUACCCGCUCUUACUGUGCUUCGAAAUGCAGCUCACCGGUCCCUGGAAUGGCUUUGGGAGUUUUAUUGGGCCGGGUUAGGGGAUAUCGAGGUUGCCGAUGCGGGCAUGGACGUUCAAGAGCCAAAUGGCGUAUUUCCAUUCACGAAAAAUGAAAUCCAAAGGACAUUGAAAAACGCGGUCCUUGGCGAGAACAGCCUCAGUGAAAGUUAUGCGACAAGAGGUUCCCGAAAAUCGGAAUCGUUUCCGGGAUUAAAAAAUGUCGCUCUGAUUUGCAGAUAUCGGCAGGGAGAACUGACUGUCUCCAAAACGCUUUUGGAGCACGGUAUUUUGGUUCCAGUUGGCAGAACUCUUGGAAGUUCCAUGGAAAGUGCAUUCUCGACAUGGGAUACAUUUUUAAAAGAGCUAUGUCAACAGCAGCCAACAUUUCUAACCACACUAAGCGAUGAGUUAGUUCGUGUCCUUGCCGAUAAGGAUAACACUGCUAUGGAGGAAGACCCAUAUAGCGAGGCGAUUUAUUUAUGGUUGGACCACCUCUUAAACUCGAGUACGUGGGCUACGCCCAGGAGACUAUACCUCUCAACAUGUCACCUUGACGCAGCCUGUCACAAUGCUACCGGGUAUUGGGCCCGCCAUCUCAGAUCUUUGAUUAACCGAUAUUCACAUAAACUGGAUAUAAACACGUCCAAGAUAGGCAACGGGUAUGGUGCCUCAGAAUUUGACACGGAUGUUAGGGCAGUCGCACUAGGCCUUGAGGACCCUGCAGAUGUGGACGCGGACUUGGACUCGAACUUGCUGCGGAAUUACGGAUGGGAUGAUCCUGUGAUACUACGCAGUAUGCAUAUGAACCUUACUCCCCAGGACACUGGUCAAACCAAGCGGUUGGCUAGGAUGUUCGAGGGGCCAAUGCUACAGAAAAUUUCAAUUUUCUUAGGUGGAAAAAUUUUCGUCGGUGGCAGGACUUUCAGUCGGUUGGCAACACCCGGUAUAUCGGUAUUCAAACGCAAAAUGCAUAUUGAAUCUAUUCCCAUGUGGACGGGAACGGGCAAUAAUUAUGCCUAUCUAAUAUCCGAUGAAGUGUCAAAGGAUGCGAUGAUCGUGGACCCUGCACAUCCUCCAGAGGUCAUUCCUACUCUUAAAUCCCAUAUUGAUAGCGGCAAAAUCAAUCUCAAAGCAAUUAUAAAUACGCAUCAUCACCCUGACCAUGCCGGUGGCAAUGAGAGGAUUCUCGAGCAAUUCGGCAAGCUGCCCAUCAUUGGGGGUAGAGAUUGCUUGUCCGUCACCAAGACUCCCAAACACGGGGAAACGUUCAAAAUAGGAGAACGCGUUCAAGUGACUGCUCUGCAUACGCCAUGUCACACCCAGGAUAGCAUCUGCUAUUUUGCGGAAGACGGUGACCAACGAGUUGUAUUUACAGGAGAUACGCUUUUCAUUGGAGGAUGCGGCCGAUUCUUUGAGGGAACUGCUGAACAAAUGAAUAAUGCCCUGAAUCAUAUUCUUGCUGGGCUUCCAGACGAUACCAAGGUCUAUCUACAUAAUGUAUUCAUGAGGGUCAACGAUCCGGAAAUCCAAAAAGCUACGAAGAAAACUAAUCCGGUCGAUGUUAUGCAUGCGCUGCGGGAGAUGAAAAAUAAUAUACCAUCAAAGCCAGCGGUUCAAAAAAUAUAG